AGAGGCGUGGCUUGUUCCACCUUGCAAGGUAGGGGAGGGGCUGGUAGCUUCUAGCUGCUGUGCUGCAAAGAUGGAGAGGCGUAUAGUUGUUCUUGUUGGAGGCAAUGAAAGAGUCGUGAGCACUAUCAGUUGGUCUGAUACAGCUGAGGAUGUCAUCAGGAGACUAGUGCCUCAAUCCAAGAGCAGUUCACCCCACAUUCUCCUGGAGACAUGGGGAGGGUGCUCUCGAAUGAUACGCCCAAGAGAGAGAGUGAUGAAUGUGUUGGACGGUUGGGGGUUUGGGUGCCAAGAUGAACCUCUGCUACAGUUAAUCAAGAAAAGCUCUAGUAAACUGUACAAAUCAAGAAGAACAAAGAGAAGAUACCAUUGCUGUAAAGUUGCGGCACGGAAGAGGGAUCCACCUACACCAUUACAACCUCGCUCCAAGAAAGCAAAGAUGAGAGACAUUCUCACUAUUAUUAGAAGACUUAGGAAACAGUUGCUCGACUACAGGACGCUAACAGCACCAAAUCACCCAUCACAGAAAAAGGUGUCAUUUCCGGUGGACAUCAGCUCCCUCCCACCUGAACUUGAGGAUGAUUUUGCCGCUCUACAAGAAGCUUUGAUCGAGGAAGAGAGGGAAGAAGCAGACCUUCAAAGAAGAAAGGAGGAGCUUACUGGUAACAUUCUAUCACAGGAACGCGAGUUGGGCACUUUGAAGACAUCAAUAUCAACACUGGAAGCUAAGGUGAAAAAUGAAGAACACAAGAAACUACGUCUGAUUGAGACGACAGGACCACCAGAGCUUGAAGGGGCACAGAAGGAAGUUGCUAAGCUACAGAAUGAUCUCAGCGUUAGAAUUAAACUCAACAAGCUCCAGGUUUCCAAGUUGCAAGAGGUGAACAACAACGUAUCGAAAGUGGAACAAGAGAUUGAGGAAGUCAACAAAAAAAUAGCAACACUAAGACUAGAAACACAUUUGUGAAUUGUUCAAUUGUUUUUGGGUAUUAUGUGAUAAGUUGCUAAUGUCUG